CUUCACGGAUACACACCCCUUUUUUUACAAAGCAUGCUUGCCUUAGGGUAUCUUCUUGUCAUUUCCACAACAGUACAUUCCUGCACAAGUGUCGUCAUGAUCGUCCGCAAUAUCGUAGACGUCCCGUUAGCCCCCGUAUCACACAUACCAAUCCUUCGGGGGAAAGAGUUGGUGUCCCCGUCAGACGAGAUGGGCAUCACGGCGUACGAGAUCCUGCUGACUCGGGACCAGAGCGAGCUGUGCUCAGGGGGUGAAGGCUGGACCGAGAACCACAUGUACUACUGCAUCUCCGGCAGGGGGCGCUGCAGUCUGGGGGACGGGAGGGAGUUUGAUGUCGCUCAGGAUGUUUUCCUCUCGUUCUCGUCGGCUGUUCAGUGCAAGAUUACAGUGACCCCGGAAGACCAUAUGAGGCUUUACUGUGUGUACUGUCAAGACGACAACCCUUCGUCUGACCGAGUAGUUGUUCGGUCCCUCUCGGAGAUCAUCGGAACCGAUCGGGAUGUUGACUUCGGCAGCGGCCACAGCCGAAGAUUCUUGCUCAGGGAUGACGAUUUUCCCAUCACGGUGACCAACACGUCAAUCAGGACCUGCGCUGAUACUCCAAAGGGGGUCCCCAUGUGGUACAAACAUCAUAAAGAAGCAACCUACUACUUCAGAGGAAACGGCAAGUACGUCUGGGAGGAGGGGAAGGAGGAAGCGGCGUUCCAUCCCGAGGGGACCGCCUUCCUGAUGGACCAGCACGACCCGCACUACGCCGUGCCGGAGGGAGACGCCUUCACCAUCUGUACCUUCUUCCCCGCGCUGGUUGGGAACGAGAAGCACGUCUUCAGUGGUGGUUAUUCCGUAUAUGGUCCUGCCUAGGCAUCCUUCCAUGGGAACGAGCUGACACUACUACUUGUGGUGUCACGCAGGCCCAACAUGCUCAUAAUUUGACAAAAAAUGAUGAUGAUUAUCAGA